CGAGCAAAAGCAGCAGAAUGAAAGCGGAGCGAGUUUGUGUUAGUAAAUACAAGCGGAGUGAAGACGGAAUAAAAGAGCGCUAACAUAAAAAGCGGAAUAAAAGCAGCACUGACACACACAUUCAAGCGCUGGCGGGCGGUUUUGCUAACUCCGCCGAUGGAUGAUGAGGAGGAUGAACAGCUUCCUCACUGCUGUGAAACACUGCUAAGAAACAAGAGCUCAGAGAACAGAGACGGCCCACGAGGUGCGCUGGGACAAACGGCUAACAGACACGGAUGCUUUGAAGACAGAUCGACGCAGACUGCCAGAACUGUGCUGAAUUCAGCGAGAGACGGAGAUAUGGCACCAUUUCAGGGUUUAGAGAGAGAUGCAUCAUCUCCCUGCAGAGCUGUGGAGGCCAGGACUGCAUUUGGGGCUAACUGUGGAACUGGGAGCCUCGCUUCACUUACUAUUGCCCCUGGAGCCCCAGAAGGGCCAAGAGCACUUUUUCAUGGAAAUGCUGGAUUUCGUUCACACUUCCCUGCACUGUUCGAAUCUGUCCCGGAUGGCACACAAAACACAGAAGAGGACGAAGGGAGACCAGAAGAAAAGGCAGAUGAACGUGAUGUGGGAGUUAGCGUGGAGAUUCAGAUUGGACGUAAACUGCGUGAAAUGGGGGAUCAAUUUCAGCUGGAACAUCUUCAGCUGUUCACUCAAAGGGGCCAGAUGGGUUUGUUCCAGCUUGUGACGACACUCUAUAACUUCCUUUUUCCUCAAGAAAGACCCCAGAAUGCAAGAGCCCAGAGAUGAGAGGCCACAGUGCACCUGUUCAAGACCCAAAUGAGUUUAACACAGCACUGUAAGAUGCGCAGAUCUGGAUUUACAUGGCUCAAAAAGAAGGUUGCCGCUGGUCGGAGACUUCCCUCGUUUUUCUGAAGAAGCCAUUCUCAAAAUGGACCAUUGGAGGAAAUUUUCCGCAGGUUGCAUAUCAAUCUGAAGAUAUUAAUAUUCUGCCUUAUAUUUCCCCAACACGUUCACAUAUGAGCGGAUCCCAGCGCCUUAAUAAAACCCUCAGAAAGAGAAAGAACUGCUUUAUUAGGCAACAAGCUGUGAGAAUGCUCAAAGUCAACAGCAUUUAAGUAUUUGUGCUGAUUUCAAUACACCUACUGAACUCCGACGCACCCCAGAACAGACUCUUCAUCUUUCUCUGCUGAUAUUAUCACGGCUUAUGCUUGAUUCACUGCUGUUAACAGUGUUAUUUGGACAGAGUUGAAAGACAUAACGGAUGUGAUGAGAAGCAAGAGUCCAGUAACAUCAUAGCGUACCGACACAGAACUCAAAAAAACUUUGUUCAAAUGCAGAAAAACAACUUGAACAUCAGGUUUAAUACCUGUAUAAUAAUGAUGAGCCAUUUUUGAGAACAUGGGAGAAAAAUAUGAAUUUUGUGAUUUUUAAAUUGGUAAUUUUUUCUUAUUAAGGGAGAAUGUACCAUCAAAUUAUUUACAACAAUUUUACCCUUCUGAAAUAUUAGUUUGCCUUAAUGAAUUCAACUGUCAUACAUCCCAGGCUUUACAUAAUGACCUGAUUUCUCUCAGGCACUGAAGUAUUACUUAAGAUAUCAGUGUUUAAAGCAUUUCUUCAGUAGUUGGUGACAUUCAAAAUGUGCUCAAAGAGCAAUACACCAAAUCAUAUUUUACAGUACAACUCAAGCGAUAAAUGCAAUCAAUAAUCUAAUCUACAAGUUACCAUAUAA